CGGGGCUCUACAUGAUAUCCUCCUGCACUCGCAACGGCACUACUGGAACUUCACAUCUUUAUUUCACUUCGGCUUACUUGACGAAUUGAAGAGGUCGGGCUGCGCAUGAGAACAAGCGAUUUACUAGGCUAUUAGAUUAAAUAUAACCGAAAAUCGAAACAAGCAAGCCAUCAAAUCAACGAAGAACCGUCCGUAACCCGUUAGUUGUUUAGGAAGGGAAAGUUCCAUCUUCAUCUCCAGACUAACGCAUUCCACGGUAGGUAGACUAAAGUGCGUAGGCUUUAAGUGCGUACUAUCAAAGUUCCGCAAUAGGAUCUACGAUGCUAAUAUCUGUGCAUACAUAGGCUACUCUCCAGAAUUGUGUUUUGUAGGUAUAGAUGUCACCGAUUAGGCUGAAACUCCAUGUCAUGAAUUCACAAUCUAAAGGUAAUGAUUUCACAUUUUCAGCCAUCAAUUUUCUGUUUGUUUCCUGUAGCCUACUUGUCACUGGAUCAAUUGCUUUCAUUUUACGCUGGCGACUCUAUCCCAGUCUUGCCUGUGCCAUUAGUUUUUCCCCGUUAAACACUCCAGUAAUGGCUGACAUAGGCUCAAUGGAAUACAAUGUUUGUUUUGCAUCUCAGACGAUUUUGGGGGUAGCCCAUACCGGCAUUCGAACGCGGGCCCAGCGACUGUGAAGCCAACACCUGUAAAGAUCCGAACCUUUUGACAAGGUGGCUAGGCAUUUACAUUUUACUCAUUUAGCAGACGCUCUUAUCCAGAGCGACUUACAGUUAGUGAGUGCAUACAUUUAUUUAUUUAUUUAUUUUCAUACCCCCCGUGGGAAUCGAACCCACAACACUGGCGUUGCAAACGCCAUGCUCUACCAACUGAGCUACAUCCCUGCCGGCCAUUCCCUCCCCUACCCUAGACGAUGCUGGGCCAAUUGUGCGCCGCCCCAUGGGUCUCCCGGUCGCGGCCGGCUACGACAGAGCCUGGAUUCGAACCAGGAUCUCUAGUGGCACAGCUAGCACUGUGCCCCUCGGGAGGCCCGAGGCAUUCGUUAAGGUCGCUACAUUACUUUCUUCUGGAGCGCUGUCCCCACGCUUCUCUAUACCAGUGGUACCCAACCUUUUUCGGUUAUCGGUUACCAAUUUAAUUUUGCUCCGCCCGGAGUACCCCUGAAGUACCCCCUCGUGCAUUUUACCAGUAGGCCUAUGGUCUCAUGAGUCUUCUCAAGUACCCCCUCUAGAAAGGCCAAGUACCCCCAGGGGUCCUAGUGUAACAGUGUUGCUUCCGUCCCUCUCCUCGCCUCUACCUGGGCUUGAACCAGGGACCCUCUGCACACAUCGACAACAGUCACCCUCGAAGCACCGUUACCCGUCGCUCCACAAAAGCCGCGGCUGUAGCAGAGCAAGGGAAACAACUACUUCAAGGUGAGUGGCGCAGUGGUCUAAGGCACUGCAUCGCAGUGCUAACUGUGCCACUAGAGAUCCUGGUUCGAAUCCAGGCUCUGUCGCAGCCGGCCGCGACCGGGAGACUCAUGGGUGGCGCACAAUUGGCCCAGCGUCGUCCAGGGUAGGGGAGGGAAUGGCCGGCAGGGAUGUAGCUCAGUUGAUAGAGCAUGGCGUUUGCAACGCCAGGGUUGUGGGUUCAAUUCCCACGGGGGGCCAGUAUUAAAAAAAAUAAUGUAUUCACUAACUGUAAGUCGCUCUGGAUAAGAGCGUCUGCUAAAUGACUAAAAUGUAAAAAUGUCUCAGAGCGAGUGACGUCACCGAUUGAAACGCUGCUAGUGCGCACCGCUAACUAGCUGGUUGGGAACAACACCUCUUUACCAAGUCCCUCCCCAUUGGGCAAAAACUGGUUGAAUCAACAUUGUUUUCACGUCAUUUCAACAAAAAUAAAUAAAUGUAAAAGUUGAAUCAACGUGGAAAACUGAUUGGAUUGCAUUUGUAAAAAGUCAUCAAUGUAAGGGAAUUUCAUAUUUUUUUCACGUACUUUUUCACCUAAAUCCAAAGUCAUGGUGAAAUGUUUUGUUGAUUUCAAGUUAGUUGACAACUCAACUAGAUGUUAAUCAAAAAUAGACAUUGAACUGCUGUAUGUGCCAAGUGGGUCACGUGUACAUGCCUCUGCGAGGGCGCCAUCCCACAUCUGACACCAACUUUACCCCGGGUACAGUGACUGUCUAACAAACGCUUUAACCGUUAGGACAAGAGAUCUGAACCUAUUGAUGAGGUCGUGUUGGGUUAAGGUCAUUACACAUCUAUUCAACCAGCUCUUGGUCGGGGAUUUAACGCGCCAUCUCGACACUUAGGCUAAAUCACACACACAAAAAACAGAAGAAUUAUAACUUUAUUUUGUAUUGCUGUGUAUCGAUUUUUUUGUGCAAUUGAAAAAAGUAAUACUUUAAUACAUUUAAAAUGUUUACAAAUUAGGCUACAUGCGUUGAAAUGAAAGCACCUUCCGAGAAGGAACACUCGGAAUUUAGUGAUGAUCUGAUCUGGCAAACAAUAGGCGUAUGUAAAGUAUGCCUAUGUAUGCUCUAGAUAGGUGUAAUCUAGAGCCAGGGGGGAAAAAGGGAUUAUAAAGAGAAAAAAAGUUAAUUUGACAAUUUUGACAGUGUUCCGAAAAUAACUUGAAUAUCUGAAUUCCAACCAAAAUGUCUGAUCUCCACUCAUUAUUUGUUCGUGCCAGUAGGCUACAAUGUUUUAUGAUAUCUUACUCCAUUGUCUUAACUGUUACAUAUGUCAGAAUUGUAUUUUUAACCUUUCAACAAUUUAGACAGCGGUUGCUAAUAUACAGUAAGUAGGGCCAUAAGACCCAAUUCAAUUCGGAAGACUAUUAGGCCUACAUCCACAGUGCGAUUUCAACAGAUUUUGCUGUUUAUUCUAAAAAUUAAUUAAUUAUUGACAUUCCAACCAUGUUCACCAUUAUCCAUUCCAAUUGUGGCAUGAUUCCACUAUUUAUAUCAGUUUGCAUCAGUUUCAAUGCAGGACUUUUAUUUUGAAGGCGAACCGCUAAUUCCACAAUUGUUGCUAAACGCUACUGUUGCUCACUUUACGGUGGUGGCUUGUGACGCGUCACUUUAUCUCUAGUCCGCCAUGAUAAAUGGUGCGUUCAUAUCCUGUCGGAGUUAUGGGAAGUGCAGAGUUCCGACAGAUGUUUCACUUGCACGACCCUCCAAGUCGUAAUUAUAAGUGGGAAACUCUGAGAAAAUGUUGUUAUUCAAGUUGUGACGUUUCACCACUGACCUUUCAUAUUUUCAACCAAAAGAAGACAACAAAUCCGCUUUUGACAAUUAGCCUCUAAACGUAUCAAUGUGGAUAAUGUAGAUAGUUUGACCAUAUUGUCAAUGUUAAGCAAGCUAGCUAACUUUUUUAUUUGCAACAUUGGCUCGCUUAUCAAGCUAGCUAAAAUCUUGUUGGUUGAAGAAUUGGUCUGAAUCCUAAAGCACUUGAAAACAGUCCUGUUGGAUUUACAAAUUCCCAGUUUCCCACAUCCCAGGAGCACAUGAAUGACCAAUACAAUUUCAUGGGUGAAGGAAAAUUCCCUAAAAUGUGUUGCUUUUCCGAUAGACCUAUAAUCAAUUCAGUCUAUAGUUAUUUUUCAUAUUUUAAUAUAUUUGUUAUAUUUAGGGAAAUUACAUUAUUCAAAUAAAUCAAUGAAGCCAAAGAACCCCUAGGCUAACCCUAGUGUUCAUUUCUCCCCUAACUGUGCUGUUGCACACUCUCUCUCUCUGUCUCUAUAUUUUUCUCUCUCUCUGUCACUCUCUCUCUCUCUAGACUGCAGUCAUGACUGAGAACAUUCGUAUCAACAAUCCCAAUGUGAAGUACACAGACACACACAUCGAGGCUCAGUACAGUUACCAUACUACAGCUGUACGCAGGGAUGAAGACACACUCAUAGUAAGUCUCACACACACUUACACAAACACACACUCCACCAACAUCACAUAUCUCUUUUCUAACUGUGUAAAUCUCUCCACUCCACCCUUCCAGGUGACCCCGUCCGUUAGUGAGCUGGCGUUCCGUACUGAGCGACGUGUCCCCAGGCUGGGGGUGAUGCUAGUUGGCUGGGGAGGAAACAAUGGGACCACCGUCACCGCUGCUGUCCUGGCCAACAGACUGGGACUCACCUGGAGAACCAAAACUGGAGAACAGGUAAUGUGAUGUGUGUGUGUGUGUGUCUCAUUGAUCCUGCUUUGUGACAGUUUUAUGGCCUAUUUUCCAAAGAUAUGUCUCUCCCCUGAUACAGAGCUAGCUAGCAGAGCCUCAUUAUACCCCUGAUACAGUGAUGGGUUCACACACACACACACACACACACACACACACACACACACACACACACACACACACACACACACACACACACACACACACACACACACUGAUAUGAUGGGUUUAGUGGAGUGUUAAGGGCUUAACAUUGACUGAGGUAAAGGCAGUCCUUUACCUUAUAUGUGCAUCAUUACUUCCCCGAGUGUAUCACUUUUUAUAAGUAAAAAAAAAAUCCCUCAAAUCAUUCUCCAUUAAAUGCAGUGAUAUUCAAAGUUGGAGCCAUGACCCGAGUGGGGUCCCGGGGGAAUUGCAGUGGGCUCGCCAAAACAAAACAUUUAAUAGUACAGAUUAUUGUAUAGGAUAAUAUACAAACGUUUUUGAGAAAGAUCAUUUGAAAAAUAACAUUUUAUUGAGUAAAUGUAUUUAUUGGUUCUCUUAAUUUUGAUAAGAGAGAUGAAAAUGUAGUGAAUUGAAGGUUAUUUGUUGAUGUAAAAAAUCAAAAUGUACCGAUUUUAAGGUUGUCGUUACAUUUUGGAUGGGGUGGGGUUGGCAGAAAAUCUGGUGGGAAAAAGGGGUCCCCGCUGAAAACGUUUGAAUACCACUGAUUUAAUGUGUUGUUAUUUUUCAAGACUUGUUAUUUAUUUUUGUUCUGUCUCUGUUUUUUUACCCUCUCCCCUUUUUCAAACCCCUCUCCCCCCUCCCAGAAAGCCAACUACUAUGGUUCCCUCUUCCAGUCCUCAACGGUGUGUUUGGGGGCGGGGCCAGAUGGAAAGGAAGUUAACGUUCCGUUCCGUGACCUCCUACCCAUGGUGCACCCUGAUGAUAUCGUCUUUGAUGGUAAAGGAGUGUAUGUGUGUCUGUGGGUUUGUGUGUGUCUGUGUGUAAUCAGAGAGGGAAUGCUGACCCUAGGUCAGUUCUUCAGGGGCCACUCUGUGGAAAAGGAAAAGAUAAAAGGCUCCAUGUGGAAUGUCUUGUCUGCCAGGCUGGGUAUUUAACCUCCUGUUUAACUCUGUCAGUCUAUCUAGCACCAUUACUCAGCACUGCCCUGGAGACAGAGGUGCAGUACACACCUCUGGUCCUCUAGUCUAACUGGUCCUCUGUGUGCACUUGGGCUUGUCUGGAGGGUUUUGUUUUAAGAGACAUUAGGUGUGUAAACUUUAGCUAACAAAUUCAAACAGAGAGUGUGUGUGUGUGUGUGUGUGUCAGGCUGGGACAUCUCGUCCAUGGAUCUGGGCAGUGCGAUGGAGAGAGCCGAGGUCCUUGAUUGGUCCCUCCAGGAGAAGCUCCGCCCACACAUGAGCCACCUCCGACCCCGGGCCUCCAUCUAUUUCCCGGAAUUCAUAGCUGCCAACCAGGCGGGCCGAGCGGACAACGUUCUGACAGGGACCAUGGCCGAACAGGUACGCCCAAUCCAAAGUAGUGUGUGUGCCCCAUGCUCCUUGUCCCCCUAACCCCCUAUCUCUUACCCCAUACACCCUAGACCCUAUGUGUCUGAGUAGUGAUUCUUCUAUCUCCCUCCAGGUGGAGCAGAUCAGAGCAGACAUUCAGGACUUCAAGCAUUCAAGUGGCGUGGACAAGGUCAUCGUUUUGUGGACGGCCAACACCGAACGUUUCUGUGACCUCACAGCCGGGGUCAACGACACGGCCAAGAAUCUCCUGGCUGCCAUACAGGUAGAGAUCUGACAGAUCUAUUAUAUCUAUAUACAUCUAUACUAUUCUGUCUCUCUCUUUUUCUCUAACUCGGCUUCUCUCUCUUACACUCUCUCUCUCUCUCAGUCAGGUGGGGAGGUGUCUCCCUCUACUUUGUUUGCCGUAGCCAGUAUCCUGGAGGGCUGUGCCUACAUCAACGGUUCUCCCCAGAACACGUUUGUCCCUGGGGCCAUAGAGCUGGCUGUGGAGAGAAACGUGUUCAUAGCAGGAGACGACUUCAAGUCUGGUCAGACAAAGAUCAAGUCAGUCCUGGUCGACUUCCUGAUCAGUGCUGGGAUCAAGGUGAGAGGUCGACCCAGUCCAGUCCAUUUGAUGUUUCAUUCACUUUAAUAGGACUUCUGUUAUAUGAACAGUCCCAGCUCCACUUGUAUAAUGUCAAUGUACAUAAUUAUACAAUUACUAAGUUAUUAUGAAAUUACUAUACAACAUGUUAAAACACUGUUAUUACUAGAGUAAUUACAACGUUACUACCCAGGUAUAAGGGCAAUUUCGUGUGUAAAUACUAGGUUAAUACAAGACUGUACAAUAACGUGUUGCUGUCUGUUGCCAUGACAGCCCACCUCCAUUGUCAGCUACAAUCACCUUGGCAACAAUGAUGGUAUGAACCUCUCAGCACCACAGCAGUUCCGCUCCAAGGAGAUCUCCAAGAGCAAUGUGGUUGAUGACAUGGUCAACUCCAACCCUAUACUGUACCGCAAAGGGGAGAAACCUGACCACUGUGUAAGUAUGUGCGUGGGUUCCGCGUGUGUGUGUGUGUGUGGUAACACAGAGAAACCUGAUCUGGGUUAAGAGUUGAAAAUGUGUAUGUGUGUUUUUUCAUACCUGGUAGCUAUCAAUUGCAUUGCAUUUAUUUUACUAAGUGGCAGAAAGUAUCCAUAGUUUUUCUUGAGAAAUACUUGACUCAGUUCUCUUGCUGUGUAGGUGGUGAUUAAGUAUGUGCCGUAUGUGGGGGACAGUAAGAGGGCGAUGGAUGAAUACACCUCUGAGAUCAUGAUGGGAGGAACCAACACUAUCGCAAUGCACAACACCUGUGAGGUGAGUCACACACACACACACACACACGCACACUUACACCUCAACCUGCUUUUUCUAACAGAGGUGUCUCUCUCCAGGACUCUCUGCUAGCCAGCCCUAUCAUCCUGGACCUGGUCCUCCUCACAGAGUUGUGUCAGCGUGUGUGUGUCCGGCCCCAGGGAUCAGAGACCUUCCAGUCCUUCCACAGUGUCCUGGCUAUCCUCUCCUUCCUGUGUAAAGCUCCCCUCGUCCCCCCUGGGGCCCCGCUUGUCAACGCCUUCUUCAGACAGAGAGCCUGCAUCGAGAACAUCAUGAGGUCAGAACACAUACCACCCUGUCUUGUUAGGGAUUUGUCUUAGUGGUCACCUAUCAUAAUGGUUGUUACUGAGCUUCCUGUCUCUCUUGUCCAAUAAUAACGUUGUGCCUGUCUCUGUGGUGAUAUGCAUUCAGUUUUGCAACUGACUAGGUAUCCCUUUUCCCUUUCAGAGCGUGCCUUGGUCUCCCCCCUCAGAACCACAUGCACCUGGAGCACAAGCUGCAGAGGGGCUUCCUGCCUCGCCACGACAACCGUAUUUACGAAGAUGUGGCUACCAAGACCAAGAUGGUCCUAAGCAACGGUUACCACGCCUCCCAACAGAAUGGUGUCUGCGCACAUGUGGUGAAAGAGGCAACGAUUGGAUAAUGGCUGCAGAUUAGGUCUCUGUCAUCAUGGGGAAGAUUCUAGAAGUGUCCACAGCCAUAGAGAAACAAUUACAUCCAUAGUUUAGUUUACUAACUGUAAGUCGCUCUGGAUA